AUGGAGCAACAAUUAGAAUUAUCCUUCAGCUGCAAUGCACUUCCAUUGGAAGCGAUCUCGGGAGUUCGCAUUAUCGUUUCCGUAUCCUCAAACAACAAGAAUCCUCUCGAGAUUGGACAAACAGAAACAGUUAUUGGUAGUGUCAAUCCAGUUUUUACUCAUCGUUGUUACGUUUCAUAUCGUUUUGAAAAUUCUCAAAAACUCUAUUUAGCAGUCCAUCAGGUGAAUGGAGAUAGUGGCAAAUUUACUGGCCUUAUCGCCAAAGUAGAAUGUUUUCUGGGAGAAGUACUGUCGCGUGGUGGUUCCAUCGAAUUGCCGUUGUUUCCAAAUGAAGGAGUUUCUUCCCUACACCUGGAAGCUCACGAAGCAAAAUUAUCUAGCCAGUCUGUUAAUUUACAGUUUAAAAGCCAUGGUUUACGUUCACCAUCGAGUUGUCCGCUUAAUGCAUAUUUUGUGAUGUGUUUAGUUCCAGAAGGCGCGGCUAGUUUAUUACUUUAUAAAAGUGAAGCAAUUGCUGAUAAAAAUCCUUUGUGGAAGCCUUUCCUUGUACCCGUUUCUCACUUUUCAUUUGCCUCGGUCAGUUGUUCGCUUGAAAUCGAAGUUUAUAAUUAUAAUGUUAAUCGCAAAGAUGAUCUCAUCGGUAAAUGCACAACAUCAUUCGAUCAGCUUUUGAGAGGAGUUGGUGCUCUGAACGCUUAUAAACUUUCAAGUCUUGAUGGAAAAAAAAAAGGGAGUGCAUCCAUUGAGUUGGCAAAUAUUCUUCAUGUUGCAUCAUCUUCAUUUAUUGACUUCCUAAAAGCUGGGAUUCAUAUUGGCUCUUAUGUUUUUAGAACGCAAAUUCAUUUCUCGGUUGCAGUUGAUUUUACGGCUUCAAAUGGAAAUCCACUUGAUUGCUCAUCAUUACAUUAUAUUCAUCCGCACAAAUGCAACCCUUACAUGACAGCGCUGAAUGCAGUUACAUCUGUUAUCAACAAAUAUAAUAAACAUGGGCGAAUUGCUGCGCUCGGUUUCGGUGCACAAACACCUCCAGAUUACAAAGUUUCACAUCUCUUUUUUCUCAAUGGUGAUGACAAAGACCCACAUGUUGAUGGCAUUGAUGGUGUAUUAAAUGCAUAUCGUUCAACUUUGCUAUCUAUCCGACCAUACGCCCCAACAGAUUUUUCAGAAGUUAUAUAUCACACUUAUAAAUUUGGUGCAGCUGUACAGCGCCAGGGUAAAAGUGACCAUUACUUCGUAUUACUCAUUGUAACAGAUGGAUGCGUGACAAAUCCGGAACGAACUGUAAAUGCGAUUAUAGAUUGUUCACAUUUGCCUAUAUCUAUUGUCAUCGUUGGUGUCGGUAAUCAAGACUUUUCGCCAAUGCAGAAUCUUUUGUCUCCUUUACUCAAAUCUUCUGAAGGUCAUCUUUUACAGCGUGAAAUCAUUACUUUUGUUCCUUAUAUUGCAUCUAUGACUAGUGAUGAACUAGUUGCAAAACUGUUACGUAAUAUACCUCGACAAUUUUUAACUUGGGCCCUAAUGCAUGGCAGGUUGGCACCAUCAAGACAAUUUUCCGGUCAAAUUCUCUAA